AUGUAAAAUCAAUAACAUCUCAUCAGAGAAAUAUAUCUAAAAGAUAGAUCCAACACUUUCCUAAGACAAUAAUGGGUGUCAGUAUUUGAUACACUCUUACCUUUACCAAAAACAACUCUCAUUGUUGAUAUAAUAUAGGAAAUCGACACACUAAAAAUUAUAAAAGAAUUAUUGUCUAAAAACCAUAAUAUCACUGUGAUCUCAGACACAAGUGAGGCUAAUUACAAUUGGUGUAAUUUGGUCAACCAAAACUUCGAAGUUAUUGUCGCAGAUUUGCGAGCAGAGACUAAAUUGAAUUCGUAUUAGUACAUUGGCAUAAAAUGGUUAUUAACGACAAAAUCCUAAUUGGUCAUAAUAUCAAAUGACAUAAUAUAUGAACAAUUAAUUAAUUGUUUUAGCAUUGCUUAUGAUAACCUUAUUGAAAUUCCUUACUUGUAAACUUAAUAGGAUGAAUUGUUCUUAAGCAUAUCUUAUGAUUAAAAACUGACGUAUGUUUUGUAAUAGAUAAAAAACUCAAAUCCAGAGGUUGAUAGGGAUAUUGUGGUUUAUUGUGAAUCCUUAUACUAAAUGGAUUAAAUAUUUCAAGCAAUCUAUUUUCAUAAUUAAUUAUCAGAAUCAGAGGAAUUUGAAGUACAUUAAAUCCUACCAUUCUAAUCAUAUUACGAACAAUUUGGUUAGCAAUUGAUGGAAAUGGUGUAUCCAUCACAGAAGGGAAAAAGAAAAGUGUUUUUGGCAUUACAUUAUUAAUAAUUACGAAAGUAUUUGUAAAAUGUUCAACAAAAAAUAUCAUUAAUCAUUCAUAUGGGUUAUUAGACUACAGUCAAGACAUUCUUGGAAGAAAUCAAUGCCAUAGUUUAUAAAUAGUACAAUCUCAGUAGACAUGAUAUCAUCAUUCGUAACAGAAUAAGUUAUUUUCCUAAAAUCCUUUAUUUAUUUGGAUUCAACGAGUUCAAUGAUUUAUAAGGGAGCAUAAAUUGA